AAAUAGCUGGUUAUGAAGCGCGAAUAAAAUCUCCUGUUUGUGUGUUUCUUGCCGUGUUGUAAAGUCAAUUAUUUUAAGCUUCAAAACAAUUUUAUGGAUUUUAGAAGCAGUGAUGAAGAAAUUGCGGAAGAUCAGCUUCGAUUGCAACUGCAAACGUUUCCACUCGACCUUAAUUUCGAAGAAGAAGAGAGCGAUGACAAUGAAGAUAUAAAUGAGACGUUUGAACCAACUUCACCCCAACCUACAACAACAUUCGAUGCCGUCAGCCAAUCAGGUGAAGACACGCAAGAAGAUGAUGAAACGGAGGAGGAGGUCAUCGACCUCUCAGUUGACCUCCCCCCGACCCCCGUUAACUUGUUAAAACUAAACCUAGCGUACCAAGAAGUUAUCGAACAAGAGAUAACGAAGGUGAAACAAUUGUUGCAGGAAAAUCAUUGCCAAACUUCCAUAUUGAUCGAGUCGGAGCAACGAAUGAACAUUAAAAGUCGUUACAAGAUGAUUGUGCCCGGUUAUUCGUUCAUGAGGACCCCGUUUUUUAAGGAUAAGGAAGGUAACGGUCCAACGAAUAUCGAGAUAACUCGUCGCGCUUCAGAUGUCGGUGAAUUAUUCGAGCGUAACGCCAUGCCCCCGGGAAAGUGGAAGAAACCAACGCUUCAAGCGUUAAUCAGUGGAGUGGAACGUGAAGCGCGACGUCAUGUGACCGAACCUUUGUUGUCGAAACUUGAAUAUUUGAACGACAUGUUAAACGGACCCGACCAUGAGGAAGUCAAACAGAAAAUUUCCGAAGUUCAGAAACAAAUUGAUGAAAAAAGUAAAGUCCCAAUAACUGGGUUGUUGGGCGAUCGUGAGCGCGAGUGGGAUUGGGACACGAUAGCCAACAUAGACCUGGAUAUGCAAGCUACUCCGGCUAACUGUGCGUGUUACUGGAAGUCCCAUCUUCAUCCGUCUAUUAACAAUGAUGCCUGGAGCAAAGCAGAAGAAAAGAACUUCACAUCAAUACUUGAGAAACACACAGACCGAGAUUGGAACUGGAUAUCGAAGGAGUUAAACACGGGACGUACCCCGUUACAAUGUGCACAGUAUUACCAAAGAACGCUCAACAAGGACUUCAAAAGGAAGCCCUGGACACCAGAAGAAGACCAGCAAUUGGUGAAAUGCAUCCAUAGAUUAAAAGUCGGGAAUUGCAUCCCGUACACAAUGGUUGCAUUAAACCUCAACUCACGAACAAACUACCAAGUCGUCCAUCGAUGGUCAAAAACGCUCGACCCCUUCUAUAAAAAAACAAGAUGGGAGCCAGAAGAAGACGGGGCAUUGUUGCGAGCGGUUAGCAUAUAUGGGGAAAAGUGGGCAAGAAUACGUGACCUUAAUAUUGUUCCUAAUCGACAUGAUGGUCAACUGAGGGAAAGAUAUAAGAACUGCCUCAGCAACUGGAAGCGCGGCCCAUGGAUCAAAUCAGAGGAUCGCAAACUAUUAAAGCUCGUACACGAGCAUGGGGAACGGUGGUCGUUGGUUGCGAGGUACAUGGGGGGGAGGACGGACUCGCAAUGCGUGAAGAGAUUUAAUACGAUUAAACGAGCUGUAAGCAUGGGCCGUGCAUUAAUCUACAAUCCUUCUACCACGUAUUCAAAUAAUGUUCACAAGAUUCGGAAAACUUUGUUGGAAAAAAUAUCCGCUGAGACAACCCCGGUUAAAACAGAAAAAGACAACGACAACGAUAAAAAUAAAGAUAAAGAAAAUGGUGAUGAUGGUCCACCAGAGCCAGAUGCACCUACAGAUACACCACACAAACAUCUUAUAAAAAUAUCUUCGAAACCGAAACAAAAAGUUUUGCCGGCACAGGACGCUCUUCUGAAUAUGUCCAGCAACUUAUCGAGCCGCGAGGUGUUGGAAUUAUACAUUGAAUUGAUGAAGACCAGACGUGGUAGAAGAGGGGGCAAGAUGGGAAUAGCGGGGAAGAUGAAUCACGAGGAUAUUCAGAUCAAUUUUGAACUUAAGAAGUUUUUAGAGGAGAGGUACAAACCAAUGAAACGACAAUCGCGGAAACUCGAAAACGACAAUCUCGGAUUUUGUUUGAAAGAAAUCACCAAGAAUUCAAAAUCGAUUUCGUCCAAAGAUAUUUUUAUUUAUUAUAUAAAAGCUCUAAACAUCAACGCAGCUCGAGCUCUAGAAUCGAUUCGUAUCAAGAAAGAUAAACAACGAGAGGGAAAAGUGACCUUGAGGUCGGUGCUACGGAACGAGAUCGAGGCGGGAAACAAAGCUGUUGGUGAAAUGAGGAAAAAAAUGAGUAAACGAAAUGCUGACUCAUUAACCUCCAGUGACAUCACAAGUGACAACACUGACAUCACAAAACAACAAUCGACGAGUAACAAAGCCGAUAGUGAUGUCACAAACAAAUCUCGCGCAUUCGCUCGGAACCUCUACCUCCCCCUGUGUGCGCCCAACCGUGCAACGACAAAAGCUUAUUAUGCGCUCGUUAAAGAUCGCGAACGUCGAGUAACGCAAGCGAAGACGAUCCUCCGACUCGAUGAUGCGACGGAUGAAACAUCGGGAGGAAAAUUUAAAACCGUUGAUUUGUUGGCAGAUAUGAGGGCUAGAUACGACUACAAGGUGUUCAGGUCACGCUUCAACGCUUUAUUCACGUGGUCCACCUUCCUACGCUCAUUGGUCCCCUACAGGAGGACGGGGAACGAUCGCGUAUUGCGCCCUGCUAUUCGAAUAAAGCGGCCAUAUUAUGACGUCACAAUACCUAGUGCAAAACGUCACAAACCAAACGAUUCAACGAUCGACAAUGAAUCUUCUGUUUAACUAUUAUGACGUCAUAAUUAUUAUGUAUUCACGAACAUUUUUUAUGUGACGUCAUAUUUCCGUUUCUUCACUGCCAUGUACAUUAUUACGUCAUAAUCCACCUUUGUAUAAAUGAUGGAUUGUUUGCGGAAAAUUGUUUCUGUGACGUCACAAUUAUCAGUUUUUUCAACUUUCGAUGCGAAUAUCGCGCGAUGUAAUUGUGACGUGUCACUUCCUUUAUGACGAGAAAAUUGACAUAAAAUACACAACAAAGGUGAUUG